AUGGCCAGUGCAAUCGCAUCGAAUCGAUGUUCAAUCUGUGAAAAAAAUGCAGCUAUGUGUAACUGUGUCGGAUGUCAAGCAUUCUUUUGCAUAAAACAUUUCAAUGAACAUCGACAACAAUUAUCUUUACAAUAUGAUCAGGAUGUAAUAGAACCUUGCGAUCGAUUAGUUGAACAAAUCAAUCAGGCGCAGAAUUCAAACGAUACCUCGUUCGAACACUUCGUCACUAUCGAUCAAUGGGAGGCUUCGACGAUGGAUAUAGUAAAAAGAACAGCGAAUAGAGCUCGUGAGCAACUCACUCGAUUGCUCGACGACGAGAAAGAGUUGCUAAGAAAGCAAUUUGACAGGUUAACACAAGAAAUUCGUCGACAGCGAGAAGAAGAUGAAUUUGCUGAAGAAGACAUAACAAGAUUUCGAACGAAGAUCAAUAAAUUGCAGCAAGCCCUUCAACAAUCAGCUCAACCAAACAAUAUUAAUGUAAUCGCGUCACAACUUGGUCAGGUUGAUUGGAAUCAUCUCAUCUAUGUUGAGAAACAACCAGAAAAGAUAUUACCACGUUCGACUUGCAUCGAUUUCAAUGCCCAAUGGAUCAAAGAUGGGCUAACGGUAGCCGGUGGCAAUGGACGAGGCGAAAAACUGAAUCAAUUGAAUGCACCACAAGGAAUCUGUGUUGAUAACGACGAUCAGAGCGUGUAUAUCACUGAUUGGUGCAACCAUCGCAUUGUUCGAUGGAAACCGAAUCAAACAGCAGGACAAAUCGUUGCUGGUGGAAAUGGAGCGGGAAGUGGACCAAAUCAACUUAAUAAUCCGCUAGAUGUUAUUCUCGAUCACGAAAGAAACAAUUUUAUUAUUUGUGACUCUGGAAAUAAACGAAUUGUCAGAUGGCCUUGUCGAGAUGCACAUAGCGGACAAACAAUAAUUUCGAACAUCGAUAGUCGAGGUUUAGCGAUAGAUGAUAGAGGAUAUCUUUACGUUUCUGACUACACAAAGAAUGAGGUGAGACGCUGGCAAAUAGGCGAAGUUGAAGGCACUUUAGUUGCUGGUGGCAAUGGGAGAGGUCGCGCACUCAAUCAACUAAAUGGUCCGCAAGGCAUAUUCGUGGAUGAGGAUCAUUCGAUAUAUGUAUCCGAUAUGAAUAACUAUCGUGUUAUGAAAUGGACAGACGGAGCAAAAGAAGGGACCAUCGUAGCAGGCGGUCAAAGUAAAGGAGAUGACCUUACACAAUUGUCAUCACCUUAUGGAGUGGUUGUCGAUCGGUUGGGAACGGUCUACAUUGUAGAUUGUGGCUGCUGUCGAAUCGUACGAUGGUGCAACGGAUCGAAAGCAGGUAGUAUAGUUGUGGGUGGUAAUGGCUGUGGAGAUAAAAUAAAUCAACUGAACUAUCCAACAGGGUUUGCUUUUGAUCGAUUCGGUAAUAUCUACGUUUCGGACAAUGGGAAUAACCGAAUACAAAAAUUUAAUAUCUAUUCCAAUUCAUGCUGA